CUCGCUCCUCAUUGCCUGACAGACCAGUCACCACACCGAGGUCGAUCGAUCCACCGUCUCUUUCUCUGCAAGACUGCAAGCAGCCUCCGGUUUCCCAGAGAAGGAAGGGAACCCAAGUUCAGAGUACCCAUCGAUGGAGAUGACGGUUAAUGCGAGGGAUCGGGAGCAGCACGGUCUCGGGCUCGGGCUCAGCCUCAGCCUGAGCAUCGCCACCGCGGCUCCGGUCGAGUCUCCUCCGCCGCCGCCGCGAGCUAUGAGCGUCGCCCCCAUCUCCUCCCGCCCCGCGCCGCCGCAGCCGCAGUGGUGGAGCGGUGCCGGUCUCUUCUUCUCCCCCUCCUCCGGGACGGAUCGAUCUAUGGAGAGGAAGCAGCAGCAGCAGCCGGCCGCGCUGGCGGCGUGCCACGGCCACGAGAUGCCGUUCCUGCGGGGGAUCGACGUGAACCGGGCGCCGGCCGGGGAGGCCCGGAGGGGCAGCUGCAGCGAGGACGAGGAGCCCGCCGCAUCGUCGCCCAACAGCACGCUGUCCAGCCUCAGCGGGAAGCGGGCCGCGGCGACGAGGAGCGGGGAGCUAGAGGGCGACCACACCCCGAGGGCCGGCGGCGUCGGCGUCGGCAGCGACGACGAGGACAGCGGCGCCGGCGGCGGGUCCCGCAAGAAGCUCCGCCUCUCCAAGGACCAGGCCGCCGUCCUCGAGGAGAGCUUCAAGGAGCACAACACCCUCAACCCCAAGCAGAAGGCGGCGCUGGCGAAGCAGCUGAACCUGAAGCCGCGCCAGGUCGAGGUCUGGUUCCAGAACCGCAGGGCCAGGACGAAGCUGAAGCAGACGGAGGUGGACUGCGAGUUCCUGAAGCGCUGCUGCGAGACGCUGACGGAGGAGAACCGGCGGCUGCAGCGGGAGGUGGCGGAGCUGCGCGCGCUCAAGCUCGUCGCGCCGCACCAGUACGCGCGCAUGCCGCCGCCCACCACGCUCACCAUGUGCCCCUCCUGCGAGCGCCUCGCGUCCGCCGACGAGGCCGGCCGCGCGGCCCGCCCCGCGCCCACGGGGCCCUGGGGCCCCGUCCCCGUGCGGCCCGUGUUCGUCGACGGCCCGGCCCGGAGGUCAUGAACGUCGACUCAGGCAGACGCGCCCCCCGAACCCCAGCAGCGGCGGAACCGGCGGUGGUUGUAGAAAAAAAAAAGUUGGUGGCUGGUUUGGUUUUGGUUAGCCACUACUAGUAGUACUACCGAUAUGGCAUGAGAUGUGCUUGCUAAUUACUAAUUAGGUUGGUUGGAUUUGUCUUUAUACCAGCAGCUUAGUUUUUAGUUUUCGUCCUAUAAUCUUUGUUUUUUUGGCACCGUUUUAUUUGCUCAAAAUAGACAAUGUCUUGUUCUUCUUGUACUCAUAAGGCAUGCAAAUGGUUUUAUUACUCUGAA